AGCUCACUCAAAGUCAGACCGCUGGGUGCCAAAAAAUAAUCCAAAAAAAGGAGGGAAAGAAACAUUUUCCUUGUGUAGAAAGUGACCAUAAAUGAAUUCUGUAAGGAACAACAACAGCAGAUGACAGCUCUGUUGCCCAUGGCUGACUUGGUAGAAAACCACAGAGAUCAAGCUGCCUUUAAGUUCAAAUACAGACAGCUAGGAAAGACUGGAGAAGGGAAAUGUGGUUCUGUAUUCGCUGGCGUCCGAAUCUCAGAUGGCUUACGAGUGUCCAUCAAAUAUAUUGAAGAGCCAGACUUGGCAUAUGAAAAUAAUAUCAAGGAAACCCCCAGACAAGUGGCUGUCAUUCUCACAGCUGGAGGGACACCGCAGUCCUUGGGUCGGUCAACUGUUGUUGCUCUGUUGGACUGGUUCUACUUUGAACAUAAGCUGCUUCUGGUGAUGGAGAGACCAGAGAACUCGACAGACCUUCAGUCCUAUCUUCUGAAGCACAGCCAGGGUCUAGAGGAGCAACUGGCAAAGGUUCUCAUAACACAACUGGUCGACGUGGCCAUCGACCUGAACAACAGAGGAGUCCUACAUCGUGAUCUCAAGUGUGAAAACAUACUGAUUGAACAUGUGGCUCAGCGUCCACGGCUCCGUGUGACCGGAUUCGACUACGGUACAUUUGUGCAGGACGGUCCCUACCUACGAUUUCCAGGUGUGGCGGGCUUUGCCCCGCCAGAGUGUCGCAGUAACAGAGGUUACAGAGCGGAACCCUUGACCGUGUGGCAGCUGGGAAUGAUGCUUUAUCAGAUGUUGCAUUCUCGCCAACUUUUCUCAAACAUGGUCAUCAGGGGAAUGGUGCACUUCGGUGACCUGUCCCAGGGUAAGAUACAAUCAGAAGCUCAGUCAAUUACCAAUGUCAUUGUGUCUCUUGCUGUGUGUCAAACAUCAAACACGAUCAUGAAGAGAAGCAAAGGGAGAGCGAACAUGCCACCUACGAACACAAGCAACAACGAGAAACAAAAGAAUGACGUCAAAAGUUCAUCUGAGGAGGAGGACAUCAGGAGGCCAAACAAAUGUAAACAUGAGGAAAAGUCACCUCCAGUGGAUCUGGAUGCCAAUAAGGCGAAAGAGAAGCAGGUUCUCAAUCAGAGGGGCAGCCUGGAGGACUUUGAAAAGAAAUAUCACCAGCUGCAGCAGAUCGGCCAAGGAGGCAGCGGCUCUGUGUACGCUGGCGUCCGCAUCUCAGAUUGUACACGGGUGGCCAUCAAGUAUGUAGAAGAGCAAGAUAAAGCGUUUGAGAACAACGUUUUUAAAGCCCCUCGAGAAGUAGCCAUCAUGCUGAAAGCUGGAGGGACUCCGGACCUGCUGGGGAAGACGGCUGUGGUUUCACUUUUGGACUGGUACUACUUUGAUCACAAGUUGAUCUUGAUCAUGGAGAGACCGGAGAACUCGAUUGAUCUCUAUGACUACAUUGUGGAAUACAAAGAUGGUCUGAAUGAAGACAAAGCCAAGAUCUUCAUGAGGCAGCUGGUGAAUGCAGCAAUCGACAUGCACAACAGAGGAGUGCUGCACCGUGACCUGAAGUGUGAAAACAUCCUCAUUGAACUUGGUUCGAAGGUCCCUCGAAUUCGAAUUAUAGACUUUGGUAGUGGCGUUUUUCUAAAGGAGAAGCCCUACCACUUCUUCUCCGGUACCGUGGCAUUUGCUCCGCCAGAGUACCGGUACAAAUCGGAGUACAGGGCAGAACCAAUGACAGUUUGGCAGCUUGGAACGAUACUCUACCAAAUGCUGCACGGGGACCAACUGUACACCAACUCCAUUCUGCACAGCAAGAUUGAUUUUAAAGAGCUGCCUCCAGACUGCCACAGCUUCUUGAAACUAUGUUUGGCCAUCGAACCUGAGGAGCGAGCGACUCUGCAGCAACUUCAAGCCCAUGACUGGCUCAAGUCUGUGGAUGAACAGCCGUCGGAGGGAUAACCGCAGUUCCACGGAAUGCUGGCCGCACUGACUGUUUGGACCAUAUAGCACAGCGAAGAUCGGCUCAAUAGCACCUUAGCCAAAGUUUUACGAGGUCACAAAUGACGUCAACUCUUUUAACCUGGCCUUGUUUUUUAGAAUCACUUUUUAAAUCAUGCCGUUUUUAAAAUGCACAGAAUUUGUGCUGCCUCAUCGGUUUCAGUCUGUCUGCUUACAGUUUUUGUUUUUGUCACAUUGUAUUUUGUAUUCAGCACUUUUUUUGAAAUUGUGAGAAAUAUUAUUUUUAGCCUUCAUUUUUUUAUUUCAUAAAAUCACUAUUUUAUAC